AUGAAAACAUACUGAGGAGAAAGAAUGUGUUACAGUGUGUGUCUGGCCAUGUGAAGAGUGGGAUAAGAUUUACAGAGGGCGACAAAAGACAUUUUGCUCUAGGAGUCAAUAAUCUGGAAGUACUUUGUAGUUUUUAGUGUUCAUGUGCAAUGAUACAUAAUCAAGAGGAACAGUUAUAUCUGAAGUCUGAAGAUUGACCCAAUAAUGAAGAAUUCAAUCCAAAGGAAAACAACCUCCAGCUCAACUAUUGCUAAAGCCAACAUACAUUCACAUGCUCCUCAAAUCAAUACCAGGCCAGUGUGUUUGUCUCAGAUGAGCAGUGUUUUCACCGGCGUGCCACCGCUAUUUGGAACAACACAAGCUUUCCAGUUGAGACUAGCCCAGCUUGAAGCUCAGUUGGUCUUGAACCUGAUUAGUAACAUUGCAGCUGGAAAAAAUAGCAGUUAUGGGAACCCUCUUGUUCCUCUGAGUCUCUUACAGCCUGUUGGCAUUCAAAGAUCCUCAUUUUUUAACAUGUACCAGCCACCAGGGGGUUUUACCCUCUCCCAUCUAUUGAAUUCCAUACCUCACAGGGCAAGUUACCCCUCAUCAUCAUUCACAGAAAUUAAUUCAGUUACUGCGAAUAAGGAGAGUGGUGACCUUCUAGCAAAAGAGAUCAAUCAGGAGAAAAUACCCAUCAUUAGUAACACAAAAGUGCCACUGCCAACAUCUGAGAAACCUCUCGUUAGAUCCCGCACCAACCAUCUUGGCAAGCAUUUUGCCUUCAAACCAGAUGUGGACUGUUCUCGGUACCAGUCAAUGACAGCCAAAGCAAUGAUUUCUCCUGAUAAACCACAAAUUGAAGAAGUAGAGACAAAGCAACAAGCAACACUACAUUUUCCAACAGAAAACCUAAGCAAAGCUUUAGCCAGCCUUGGCCUCUCUUUUGAGGACCUAGAAUUACUCAGUCACUUCCCAGACAACCAGUUAACAACAGAGAAACUUCCCUUCAUCAUACAAGACAUCCAACAACGCAAAGAAACAAAGGGCAUUUAUCAUGGCCAUGCUAGAUGGAACUCAUCUGAUCAGGUGGAAUCAAACGCUCAUGGGAAACAUCAUGAUCAGAGGAGUAUUGGUGAAUGGCAGGGGUCUGCUUUACCAAGUCCCUAUGGGCAAUCCUGUCCAUCCUCCCAUUCCCAUAGAUCCCUCAGCGCUAAAAGAUACAGCACAUCUGAGGACAUUCAUGAGCACUUCUCAACCCAGUCUAGAGCAUUAAAAAGAUUAAGAGAUUCAUCAGGAAGUGGAUCCAAUUCCUUCCUUAAGAGACUGCAGCAUGGGCCUGCUGAUGUCACCAGGGGGAGGCCUGGUUCAGACUGUUUUCCCUCUCGUUCAAAAUGCAGCAUACGGCACAGCUUUGUCUCUACAGGCUGUAAUAAAACAAGACAUUAUACAACAAAAAGAUCCUUGUCCUCUGCACACAGAUCCACCACUUUCAAUUCCAUGAGAAAUGGCCAACAACAGUCUUUUCCAGUCAAGUCUGCAAAAUCAGAAGGAACCACUGAAUCUAUGAACAUUCAGAUGCCAGGAACUAAGAUGACUGAAAAAACAUCAGCACAAACUAAGGGUGUAAUUCGUGUGUCUGGAAUCUCUCUUGACUACUCUGAAAGUGAACUAAUCAAAAUGGCAUCUCCAUUUAGUCACCCUGUUGAGGUUUUAAUGGCAACUGAGGUUGACAUGGAAACCUGUCUAGAAUGGAAGAAGGCUUUAUUGAUGCUUCCAACUGAAUUCUCAGCCCAGGAGAUGGUAAAGGUUUACUCUGCCAUCCCGGUUCAUAUGAGACAGCAAAGUUUAGAGCUGGUGUCCCAAAACGUUGACCUUAGUUCACCUGUGUCAGUGUUUCAUGCUUUUGUGGGGCCAUCAAUUUCAAAUGGGCUGUUGACGCCUUUGGACCAUUUGCUGGUUGUAUGUAAUGUACCUAACCAGCCCUGUGCUGCAACAGGAGUGCUACGUCUGAUAAAACCCUUUGGAAAAGUUUUCAGAACUCUGGUGUUUAAUGGAAACAAUGUGGAUGCUGAACAGUGCCAUUGGAACAAGAGUAGUAUCCAGAUGGUUUUAGAAAUGGAAUCUGCUUCUGUUGCUCUAUCUGUAUUUGAGUGGUCUCACAAAAUUCCUUGUCUUUAUCACAACCAUCAUCUCUCUUUCCUCAGAGGAUGUGAUAUACAGAAAGAUACAUCUGAGGUCAACUCAGCCAAAUACCCUCAAAGUGUUUCCCCUUAAAUGUGGUAUAUUUUCAAUACCUUUGUAAUAAAAUACAAUGAAACAAG